CCCCAGGCGGCGGGCCCAGUGGUGGUGAUGGCGGCGACUUCUGCUGCGCUCUCGCUGCGCGUGAUAGCCGAAUGCGGGCAGAGCAGGGCUCGUGCUUGUGAGCUACGGCUGCCGCAUGGCCCCGUGGAUUGCCCGGUCUUCAUGCCUGUCGGCACGCAGGGGACCAUGAAGGGGCUCACCGCCCUGCAGCUGGAUGCGCUGGGAUGCCGCCUGUGCCUAGGCAACACCUACCAUCUAGGCAUGCGUCCCGGACCAGAACUUAUCAAAAAAGCUAACGGACUCCAUAGCUUCAUGAACUGGCCAAGAAACCUACUCACAGAUAGUGGUGGUUUUCAGAUGGUCUCUCUGGUAGAGUUCUCCAAAGUGACUGAGGAGGGAGUACAUUUCUGUUCUCCUUAUGAUGGCAAGGAGAUUCUGCUAACUCCAGAAAAAUCCAUCCAAAUACAGAAUGCUCUUGGCUCUGACAUUAUAAUGCAAUUAGAUGAUGUGGUCAGCAGCACUCUCAGUGGCCCCCGCGUGGAGGAUGCCAUGUUAAGGUCUGUUCGCUGGUUGGACAGGUGUAUUGCAGCACACAGCAAACCUAAUCAGCAGAAUUUAUUUGCCAUUAUUCAGGGUGGGCUGGAUCCUGUCCUUCGAACCAGAUGUCUGGAAGAGAUGACUAAACGAGAUGUGCCGGGUUUUGCUAUUGGAGGCCUGAGUGGUGGCGAGGCCAAAGAUCACUUCUGGAGGAUGGUGGCCCUCAGCACAAAACAUCUCCCAAGGAACAAGCCUCGCUACCUUAUGGGAGUCGGUUAUGCUACUGAUCUGGUGGUGUGUGUAGCCCUGGGCUGUGACAUGUUUGACUGUGUCUAUCCCACAAGGACAGCACGCUUUGGUUCAGCUUUGGUCCCUUGGGGCUCCCUACAGCUGAAGAACAAGCAAUAUGCCAAGGAUUUCCGGCCCAUUGAUGAGAACUGUGCCUGCCCCACCUGCCAGAGAUACAGUCGAGCUUUCUUGAAUGCUCUCUACCCUCUUGAUUCAGCUGCCAAGCAUCACAUUACCGUCCAUAAUAUUGCCUACCAGAUGAACCUGAUGCAUUUGAUCCGCGAGAGCAUAACUGAGCAAAGAUUUCCACAGUUUGUUCAGAAUUUUAUGAAGACUAUGUAUGGGAACUCCAGCAACUAUCCCCAGUGGGCUGUGGAGGCCCUGGCCUCAGUUGGAAUUAACCUGGAGUAAGAGUCAUCAAGAAACACUCUGGAUCCUAGACUUGCCUUGGGUUUGGUUGCCCUUCCAUGGCUGCCCCACCUUGCUUUCCAGAACAAUUACUUGGGCAGUGAUGACACUUGAAGGCCUCUUUCUUUCCAAGGAGCAGUGGAGAGAAGUUGAGCCCCUUGUCUGAUAACCUAUUACAGUGGUCUUAUCAUAGUGGUCAGAGUUUAAAUUGGAGAUGUCUGUAAGUUCUUUGGUGUACCUCUUUUAUAGUUCUAGUUUAUAUUUUAAAUGUUAAACUUUCUAAAAUAAAUUUGAU